AUGACUGAAGUUCUCCUCUCUGCUGCUUUGAAUGGAACUGAACCCAACCUGUUAUCCAGCAGUGGCUGGUCUGCAGGAAACACCACCACCAAGUGUUCCCUGACCAAAACUGGCUUCCAAUUCUAUUACCUGCCCACCGUCUACAUUCUAGUCUUCAUCACUGGUUUUCUGGGCAAUAGCGUGGCCAUCUGGAUGUUUGUCUUCCAUAUGAGGCCUUGGAGCGGCAUCUCAGUUUACAUGUUCAACUUGGCGCUGGCUGAUUUCCUGUAUGUCUUGACUCUGCCUGCCCUCAUCUUUUAUUACUUCAAUAAAACAGACUGGAUCUUCGGAGAUAUCAUGUGCAAGCUGCAGAGGUUCAUUUUCCACGUGAAUCUGUACGGCAGUAUAUUGUUUCUCACUUGCAUAAGCGUGCACAGGUACACGGGAGUGGUGCACCCCCUGAAGUCACUGGGGAGGCUGAAGAAGAAGAACGCAGUGUACAUCAGCACCCUGGUCUGGGUCAUUGUGGUGGCCGUGAUCUCUCCAAUACUCUUCUACUCGGGAACGGGGAUACGGAGAAAUAAAACCAUAACGUGCUACGAUACAACAGCCGAUGAUUACCUGAGAAGUUACUUCAUCUACAGCAUGUGCACCACAGUGCUUAUGUUCUGCAUCCCGUUCAUACUGAUUCUUGGUUGCUAUGGACUAAUUGUGAAAGCUUUGAUUUACAAAGAUUUGGAUAAUUCUCCUCUCAGGAGAAAGUCCAUUUACCUGGUUAUUAUUGUGUUGACGGUCUUUGCUGUGUCUUACCUUCCCUUCCAUGUGAUGAAGACCUUAAAUCUAAGAGCCAGGGUGGAUUUUCAGACUCCGCAAAUGUGUGCCUUCAACGACAAGGUUUACGCCACAUACCAGGUGACGCGGGGUCUGGCCAGCCUCAACAGCUGCGUCGACCCCAUCCUUUACUUCCUGGCAGGUGACACCUUUCGGAGGCGCCUUUCCAGGGCCACCAGGAAAUCGUCCAGGAGAAGCGAGCACAACGUGCAGUCCAAAAGCGAGGAAAUGACUCUCAAUAUUUUAGCUGAGUAUAAACAGAAUGGAGAUACGAGUUUGUGAACGAAUGCAAAAGAUUUGGGAACGGUUUGACAAAAUCUUCCGCUUUGAGACGGUAGGAUGCUGUAGUGCUACAAGUGUGAGGAAAACCUACCAGUCUCUCAGAUUCGUUUUCGGUAAAGCCUCCUUUUCUGAUCAUAGAAAAGCUUAACAAAGUCAGCGGAAGAAUUUCAAUGGAAAAUAACAUGUCAAAAUUCAGCUUUCCUUCUCAUUACAAUAUUCUCAUUUCUUUAUGACUUGAGUCAGAUACAGUAAAAUGAAGUAAAUCCCCAAAAAGAAGAAAGCAAUCUAAGUGCUUCUGUUUUAAUGGCUUAGUCUCCUAUGUUCAAAAAUGUUCUCAAUCAGCCUCACUUUAAAAAUAGGGAAUAACAAUAAGAAAGAGCAGUAUCUUCUCUUCUGAGGCUCAGUGCACAUGCCUAACCUUUUGCUCACUUGUAAUCGAGUAUUUAAAUCAAAGUCAUGAUGCAGUUAUCUCACCUUUACAGUUUUAUUUCUUCAUCUGCUUCUAGUGUUGAUGAUUAUGUGGUAGUUUGGUAGCAUUUAUGAUCCGGUCCUCCCCGAGUGCCGGUGUUUCUCAGAAGGCAGGCUGACUAGUGCGUGCGUGAUUGCGCUUUCGGAUUGCGGUGGCUGGUUGUGAAAACCCUGGACCCCCUUAGCUGCAGGUUGUUUCUGGGUGAGCUGACGAAGCCUUGGGUCCGCCUGUGCUGCACGUGGCCGGAGCAGCCUAGUCCGUGCGCAGACGCCGGGCGAUGUGGGUCUGAGCAGCCGCCGGCCCCAUCCCGCCGUGGAGAGCCGGCGAGCUGCCAGCGGGAACCGCGGGACCCAGUGGCACCCGCUGCGGCGCCGGCGCCCGACCACGGCCUCAGGGCCUCGGGAGCUCCUGACGGGUGAGAUGAGGGACGCGUGUGCUGGAAACGACUGUACUUCCCAAGGAGCUGAGCUACGGUUGCUCGAGUUACUUGCGUUUUCGUUGGUACAAGGAUGCUUCUGUUCCUGGCAAUCUGUAGAGAUGACAUAAGAGUUGUUUGCCAAGAAAAUAAUUAUUAAAAUGGAUAAUAUAAAUGUAUUAUAUAUGUUAUAUAUAUAUACAUAAAUGAGGAGAAUUAAUUUUUUUGUACUGUGACAAAUAAAUUGCUGUAUUAACAAGGUGUUGCAAUAUACUACAGACUAAAUCUGGCUCUUUAGUAUGUAUCUUCUCCAAAUGUGGAACAGGGCAUCCAAAAUCAGCCAAACUGCACUAUUGUGUAACACAAGAGCUGGUGCUCAGAGCAGAUGAGAUCUUACAUGGGCAGCCUCGCUCAGUUCUCAUAUUUUUAAGACCUGUAUUUGAAAAUAUUGUGUGCUAACAAUGGUAUGAAAGCAUGCUCAAAAUUGUAAGUUCAGUGUAUAAAAUUAAGUUCUGUGUAAUCCUAAGGGUGAUUUUGGCAGAUCUUUGUUCCUCCUGUCUUCAUAGUAAGAGUAAAAUGUUUCUACUUUACUUACUAAUUUCCAGUGAUUGGUAACAAACCAGAACAGCUCUAGUUAUUUUUGACAACAUUGUAAAGCAGCUUCUCUUGACACGUACAGCUUCUUAAUCUGCAAAAUCCCUAUUUAUUGAACUUAUUUAUUAGAAAUCUUAAUGUAAAGUAUGUAAAGUGUGGUUCUCCGUGUUCAUAUUCAGAAUUGGGCAUUAAUGGAAAACUGAGCAGCAUGUUUCAAUCACUGUAGUACUGUGUCUUCUAACAGAACAUCUUUAUAAUAAACUCAAUUCCACCCUGA